CGGAAUCUGAGUGAGAGACUCGUCGUCGUCCAACCCGCGAAACCCUAAUCUCUCAUUUCUUCGGUUUCUGCCACCAUGAGCCGAUCAGGACAGCCCCCGGAUCUCAAGAAGUACAUGGAUAAGAAACUUCAAAUCAAGCUCAACGCUAACCGUAUGAUUGUCGGGACUCUCCGUGGGUUCGAUCAGUUCAUGAAUCUUGUUGUGGACAACACCGUGGAAGUGAAUGGUAAUGAGAGAACCGAUAUCGGCAUGGUGGUGAUAAGGGGAAACAGUGUUGUCACAGUUGAAGCUCUUGAGCCAGUGGGCAAAUCUUAAAGCUUUAUUUAUGUCCAUCGGUAAUCAUCUUUUUGUAAUAUGCACUCUCCUUUCCUUCCUCUGCUGCCUGUAACGGAACCUAGUUGAAUUUCGGAAUUAACUGACGAUAAUGAACCUUGUCUGCGUUCCAAGACAUCGGUAUGAACCCCUUAUUAAACAUUCUGAUUAGUUGGAUGUA